CGUCGUCGACAGCGAUUAACGAGCACGAGCGCGCGUCCUGUCCUGCGCGUUUAACGGCCGCGAGUCUCGAGGACGUUUGCCAGCCCCCUCGGAAGAUCGGAUUUAGCUGCGCACGAUGGACGCGACACGGGGCAACGGCCGUCGAGAGGCGCGACGAGAGUGCGCCCCGUCGUCGAUCCUGACGCAACUCGGAAGAGGCACUCGGCCAGGAAGAAAAGUCGCUCAACCGGGAAGAGAGGCUACCGCAUUGACGGGCCGCGACACGCCAAGAAGACGCGGGUCGCCGUCACGUCGCAAAUCCCCGAUAAACACUAGAAUUUAUGCUGUAAGUAGCAGAUCUACAGAGGAAGAUAUCGUUAUGGAUACAAAUUCUAGACGGAAAAAUAGAAAAAAUACAAAGGCAAGUUCAAAAAAUCAACAACGGGAAGAUAUCAAAUCUGAAGAUAACGACAAGAUCAAAGAAGUUUUGCUAUGGCCAACAUUCGAUGAAGACAUACGUUUAUGCACAGGAAGUAGAAAAUAUCAGCAUCUCAUACGAUUGCUUUUGCUCUACACCGAGAAAGUUUGUUCUAGCGUAGCAAAGCCUUCUAACGUACAAGAUGAUUUAAAAAACCAUAUUAAGAAAAUGUUAAUAUUCUUUCAUUUGUAUUGGCUUGAUAUAAAACAGGAUAAAGCUGAUCAUAGUCGAUAUUUAAAUGAAAUAUCAGUUUUGUUAAAUGUAUAUAUAGACAUGGAGUUAAAACCUUACAUGGAAGAAAGAACUUCUAGUCACAUUAAAGAGUUUUCUAAAAUUGCUACAAAGAUUCUUGCAGCAUUGUACAUAUACUUAAAUAACUCGGAAGAGCAUAUUUUCAAGGUAUUACUUAAAAUUAAACAGAUGACAGAAAAACACAAUGAAGUUUGGAAUAACAUAUUUAAGGAGAGGUUUACUAAACUCAAAACGAAGAUGACUUCUAUAACCGAUAACUCUAAGUCUUUGGAUCAAACUUGUCUACAACCAGGAAAAUCUGAAAAAACUGAAGUAAUUGAUUUAACUGGAGAUGAUGAAAUAACCACUCCUUGCAAAGUAAAAAGAAAAAAGACUAAACAAAAAUCGAAAUGGUCAAGAGUCACGAAAAACAAACCAAGAAGCAAAAAGCAUCUCUCGAAAUAUUCAACCAAGCUCGUGAAUGCCGAUGUUAAAGAAUGUUCUAAUAAAGACAACUGUCAUAUUAAUCCUAAAAAAGAUGUUACAAAGAAUCAAAUGAGUAAUAUCUGUCCGGAAUUUGCGAAAGAGGAUGAGAAACAACAUGACUUGGAUUGCUCGAAGUCACAAAUGUUUGUCGAUCAAAAUAUUAAAGAGAAUAUCAAAGUUACGAAAGAAAGUAAAUUGUUGAAAGAAAGUAAAUUAGAAAAUUGUGUAUCAUCAUAUAUGACAAUAGGAAAUGCAACUAGUUGUACACAAAAUAAGGGAGCAUUAAUAUCUCAGGAAGAAAGUGCCAUGGAGACAAUACCUUUAUUCAAUACGUGCCAAAACAAUAUUGCAGAUCAGCAUUCUUUCAAGCAAGAAUUACCAACAAGCACGAAUUGUAGCGCGAUGCAGAAGUCGCACAAGUGUUGUAAUACAAUGCCUGUUGACGAGCGUCACAUUAAUCACCUUAUAAUAAAGAAAUUGAAGUCUAUAAAUGAUCAUAGUUCACAAAUUACGGAAAUUAUAAAGCAGAAAGUAUGUCAUCAAGUUAAUGAAUGCCCGAAUUGUUGUACAAAAAUUGAUUGUAAACCAUUUAUAUUUACUAAUGACAUUACCGCGGCAAAAGCACAAGGGACUUUGCAUAAUACAUUUAACGAUGACGAAAACGAUAUCAAAUUGGCCUGCGACAGCACGAAUAUAAUUUACACACGAAGUGAUCGCAAUAAAUGUAUUUAUGUUGUAAAUCAUUUCGAUGAACAUGUCAUGACUGUGCAUGAAAAGAGAGUGCAACGUCUAGAUCAAUCCAAUGACGCGUGUACUGUUUCAACUACGUUUACCGAAGAUCAAAUUGUAAAACCACCAUUGUCUAAUCAAUAUGUCAAUUUUGAUAACAUAAGAAUGAAUGAUUACGACAAUGCCGCCAAGUAUUCUGAGGCUGCGAUAAAGGAACAACAACAAAAAAGAAUAGAUUACGAUUCGUCUAUGUUAAACGAUCGAUUACAUUCCUUAGAAUCCUGCACAUUUGGCAUCAAUUCUUUCGAGAUUGGUUCAAAUGCGGAAAUAAAUUACGAUCUGAAAAGUUUCCCAAAAAUAGAAGAAGCUGACGAGAUAACGAAGACUGAUUAUGUAGAUAACUUGGGGCACAUCAAUUUCUUAGAUAAUAUCCAAAGUGAGACUCUUCUGGAAGAUUCAUUCCGGCAAUUUUCUGAACCCCAAAUCAAUUACGACUAUUUAACCAAAAAACCACUUAUGUAUACUGAUAAUGAUACUAUAGUAAAACCACAAGACACUUUGCACAAUAUAUUUAAUGCUGACGAAACACCUUAUGAUACAAAUGUAAUCUGUAUGUUAAGCGAUCACGAUAAACGCAUUUAUCUUACAAAUCAUACUGGCGAGCACAUUAUGACUACAAGCGCUGAAAAGAAAAUGCAACGUCCAAAUAAUUCUAAUGACAUAUGUACUGUCUCAACCACGUUCACCGGAGAUCAAAUUGUAGAACCAUCAUUGGGCAGUCAGCACGUCAGUUCCAAUAACGUUCUCAUGUAUAUUGAAAAUACGAUGGAAGAACAAGAAAGAAGCAAUUGCGAUACUUCAAUGUUGAACGAACAUUCCUCUGAACUUUGUACAUUUGAUAUCGACUCGUUUGAAGUAGAUUCAAAAGAAGCUAAUGAAAUGAAAACUGAUUGUGCAAACGACUUUGAAAUAUCAGAAAAUAUCAGUUUCUUACAUAAUAUCCAAAUGGAAACUUUGGAACAUAUAUUAUCGAAUGAUACCACUAAUUUCCUCCUGUGAAGCUAUUUCCUGAAGCAGUCUCGGUUUGAAUUAGACAAUGUAUAUACAGAUACAUCUUUAAGCGAAAGAAAAAACGUCCUGUGCAAUAAUCAAAAUGACGCUAUUGAUAGUAGUAUAGACUUGGUAGCCUCUCAUUUAAAUAAUGUUAAUGACACCUUUCUACGAUUGCCAGCAAAGUCUGAUAAAUCUGUCAGUAAAUCGUAAUAAAUUUCAUCACAAUGCCAAAUACUUCUGUUAACUAAUUCAAAUAUCGCUCUUCUAAACAAGGAGCCAUGGAAUUUCGAUACUCUUCCUGAUAAAUUAAAUAACGAUGCCUUAACUAAAUGUUUUUAUGUAUGCAAGAAAGAAAAUGUUGAAGGCUUUUAUAAGAGGAUAGAGAACUAAACCAAUUGUCAAAUAAAUUUUAUAUUCGAGAAAAUUUUAUCAAAUUUGCUAACUUACUGAAUAUCAUAAAGAAAAAAUUCUGUCUCAACAUCGUAUUGCACAAAAUAUGUAUUUCCGUCGUUGGAGAGAUGAUUCUGGCGGUCUUUGAAUUAAGUUUCAAGUGAAAUUAAUUCGAAAUAUGAUUGGUAUAUUUGUGAAUAUCAGUAAAUCGCAAGUUAACAGAUGUAACAGAUUAUUUACUAAAGAAACUAUGAAGAAAGAAAAUACAGUAACAAAAUAAAGUGUUAUAACGUUAACGAAAACAGUCAUGUUGAAAAAUCUCAAGAGAUGAGCUACAUCAAGUUUCUAAAGAAUUUUAUAUACUUCUGGAUAUAUCCACUGAGAUCUGCCGUCAAAAAAUCGCUUAAUAUCGUAAAAGGAAUAUUCCGCUUGAACAUCUUAUGCAACUGUAUAAUAUAUAAUUUUAUUUUGAAUGAAUCUUAAUAGCAACUUAAGACUAAAUCACAAUAAUAAUUAUAAUUGACCAUAAGGUAACAAAUAUCAUUAAGAAGACUGUCAGAUGUAUCAAAUUACCUAUCACUGAAGAAACAUCAAGGAAGAAAGAAAAAGAAUCGUAUCUAUAGUUUCGUCCCUUCCAAACGCUAACAAAAUUGUUUAUUCUGGAUCAAUACGGUAUUCGAAAAAGAGUUCUCAUUUGCUACAGUAAAAGGUAACUCAAUAUUUGAAUUUAUAUUUCGAUAUUAUAUCAUUUAAGAUUAUUGUUUAUUAUAUUUAUAAAAUUUGUAAAACAUCACGGAAGAUAUUACACAUCAAGAUAUUAUAAUAUCUCCGAAGAUUAUCAUAUUUCUAUAUCACAAAAUUAGUUUAGAUUGGAGAUACAAACUAAAGAACAAAUUAAAUUUUACUUAUACAUAAAAAAUAAGGAAAUUUAAUAUUAAGAAUUAUCCUUUAUGUAGAAAACAAUAUUCAAUUGUAUGUAUAAAACUUUGGUGAUAUUUAAAAUGUCAUAUUUGUAUAUAAUGUUAACAUAUCUAAAUCAUCUGUUUGAAGAUAAUUAGAAAUUGUAGCUUAUAUAUAAAUAUAGCUUAGCAGAACAUGAAAAAUAAUACAGUGGCGUGAAGAUUGUCGUUUAUGAUCCUUAUGAAGAAAUCGCCAAUUUUUAACUACUUGCAUAAUGCGCGGAGUCUCGUAAUUUGAUGAUUAAAAUAAAAAUUGGACAGUACUGAAAUUCAUUAUCAUCUUAAAAGGUUCCAAGUUGUUAUAAUACACAACGCGAUGUAAUUCGUACAGUUAUUCAGACAUAAUCUGUAAGAUUAGAAGUCUGUAUAGAGAAACAGCUGUUUUAAGUUAUGCUCCAUUACGAUUAUAGAUUAUCGUACCAUAUGAUCAAGAAGCACUUCUAAUAGACUUUUUUUUUAGAAAUAUGUAUUUUAUGUAUAUAUACAUAUUACGCACGUAUAUUACGUUAUAGUUGCAUUUAAACAUUAAGUAAGUAUAUGAAUAAUGCGAAGUACGUGUUGAAAAGAGAAAGAGGAACUAAUUAAUAGUAAUCUCAUCUACCUUGGUAAAAGUUAAAUUUCUGAGGUAUAUUUCCGAAGUUAUUGUAGAAGUAGAGUUAAUAAAAAUAACUAGUAAAGAAUUUUAUUACAUGGAUUAUUAUAUUUAAAGAAAAUACAAAAAAGAUAUUUUACUCGAAAUUUUAAAUAAGGCUGAAAUAAUUAAUGAUGGUUAUAUUAAUUAUUAGAACUAAUACUCCCUGAAUAUACCAGUACUGAAUAUAAUCCACAGAAAAUUCAGUUUGAAAGCCACAUACACAUAAACACAACUAGAAAUAAUUUUCAUAUGUAUAACUAGUGUAUACUGUCUUUCUUGUUUUUUGUUUUUUUUUUUAGCUUAAUUUAAUCAUUAGCAAAAUAAUAUAUGACAGUAGAUGAAACUGGGUCGCUAAAUAUUUUAUUGUGCGCGUUUAUUGCUACUUGGCAAUAAAAAGAUAUUUACUCUCUUGUGUAAUUUAUUUUUACUGCACUUUUCUCUGACGUAUAAAAAUCUGAACCAAAUCGUAAUUUCUAUGAAAUCUUUUGAUUUAGCUAUUAUUUUGAUUAAGUAAUUCGAGAUAUAUUUAGAGAAACAACCUUACAAAUAUUAUUUUGUGCAUAAUUAUUAAAUGAAGUUUAACUUAUUUUAUCUAGUCGAUGAGGUUGAAUUCUUUAUAGAAAGAAGAGUCCUAUUUAGUAUUGAGAGGUUUAAUCUGUUGUAUAUUUCUCUAUCAAUAUCCAAUGUAGAGACUGAUUUUGUGGUACCUUAUACUUUUUACAAGUAGAUACAAAUCUUGGUAGAGAGACGUACUGUUAUUGCUAUUAGUAUUAAACAGAGUGUUUUAAAGUUUGACAAUGCUAUCAUAGAUUAUGAUGUCAGAAAAAUAAUUGUUUAAAUAUGCAAAAAUGAUUUUGCGUGAAUAGAUUCGAUAAAGCAAGUUUAUAAAAUGCGGUAAAUACUGCUUUAUGUUCAAUGAACCAUGCAGAAUCGUAAUUUCGAAAUUUGCUUUGUCUCACUAAAACUAUUUGGUAGAUGAAAGGUUAUUUGUUAUCGUGAGUCAUGUAAAAUUGAUGAGUAUGUUGCCUCGCAUCUGACAUCGUAACACAAAAUGCUUAAUAACGAGUCUUUAAGGAUAGAGUUACAUUCCUAUUUUCUCAUAUACUUUAUUUAUUAAAUCGUAUUAAUUUUUACAAAGUAAAAACCAUAUGGUAAGGGACAAUGCUUGCCAUGAUGCUGUGAAAAUAAUUUAUUUUAAUCAAUAUUAAAUAAACCAUUUACGAUUCGAACUUGGCUCUUAGUAGCCUAAUAAUAUUUUUUGCGUACUAUACAUAUAUUUUUUCCAAUCUUAAUAAACUGCGCGCCGGCUAACUUGUCAGACUUACAUUAACACUGUUCCCGUUGGAGUAGUAAAAACCCCUCCCUCCCCCCCUGAAUAAAUCGAUUCGAUUUAACUUAUGACGCUAACCAUCUGAAUAAUUGUAAAGAAUUUAUUAUGGAAAAUAUUACCUCAGCCAGGGUUCGAACUUAGACCUCCCUCAUUCCGUGGGUGUCGAAUAUGUGUAGUAGGUACACAAGAAAUAUUAUUAGGCUGCUAAGAUCCAAGCUCGGACCGUAAAUAGCAUAUUCAAUAUUGAUUGAUUGUAUAUCAUAACGGUCUUAAUUUCUUAUAUUAAAUUUCCUGAAUAGUUAAAAUGCGUUGGGUAUAAAUGUUCCUUUAAGACUUCGUACUUCUAGUGAGAUAGAAACGACAAAACGUAACCGUAUGUAAAUGUUUGCAAAAUAGAUAGAUAAUAGCUAUUUUAAAUUGCAUGCAUGUGUAUAAGUUGCAGAAGAAAAUAUUUUAUAUCUUCAAAGUUGCAUAUUAUAAGAGCAUGUACACAAAAUGACCAUAAAUUCGAGCACAUGUUCCACACUCUGUGUAAAUAGAGUGUGCAUGGAAAUUUAUAACUAUUCCGUUGUAUACCUCGGAUAUUUUAUAUUUAUUAUAGAGAACCUCACUCCCCACUGAAUGUGAAUCACACUAAAUUCUAAAAAAAUAUAUGUAUAUACAUAUAUAUACAUAUAUAUAUAAAAUUUAAUUUGAAAAAGUAUAAUUCGAAAUUUACAGCCAGUAGAUAGUAAAUAAAUGAAUCUAUUCUCUAGAAUAAAGUUUAUCCAAGAGGAGGGGAAUAUUCUUAUUAGUUUUAUCCUAAAUGAAUACAGUGCCCUGAUAAACGUAUAUUUAAGAACCUGCAUUCAAAUAUAUAUAUAUUUCAAUAUGGUACAUUUCAGUAUAUUAUCAAAUAAUCGUUACACAUAAAUAACAAAUAAAUAUCAACUCUUACACAAGCAAUAACAUUGCUUCGUCACAGAAUCAAUGAUAUCCCAUUUGGUGAAGAUUUAUUUUUUGGGAAUAGUGCAAUGGAAGCUUUAAAACUGUUUUCUUUAUUGCAUUAUAUUGUACAUGUUUUUAUUGAAUGUACAUGUCAGCGGUUUAAAACGUAAUUCUAAUCCUCUUCUGCAAAUUUUAUAGUAAAAUGUUAUUUAUUUACAACUUCAUCCUCUAGGCCUAAGAACACAGCUGUAUCUUUUUUUCCUUCAUCCUUAUUAUAUACAAAAUAUUUAUGUAAUAAAUACUGUAUGUGUACUGUGUAAGGAACUUCUAUCAAAUUUGUUAAAAGAAGUCAGACCUGGUUAUGCAGUUUGUAUGCGUAGGAGUUUUGAAAUAAUAUACAAAUUUAUCAUAUAUCUAUCAAAUUAUGCAAGUUAUAUUAUGUUAUGUUAUAUAUUUCUUUGUAAAAUAUCAAUAUGAAAGGCAGAAUAUGUUUAGAUGAUGCUUCCACACGGUUUUAAACCAAGUUUAUUCGCUUGCCGCUCAUACCGCGUAAAAUAUCUAAGUAUGCAGUUAGAUUAAUAAAGAUUAUAAUGAUAUUUAGUCGAGUACUCUGUGAGUCAUGUAAUACAUCUAAUUUUAUCGAAUUCAAAUCUUUAUGUACGACCUAUUAAUAUUUUUUACAUGAAAGUGUUCAAAAAUUCUCAUGUAUAAGUUCAAUCAUUGUAUAUAUAUGUAGAUCUACGAUAAAUUAUUAAUCCAUUUUCGAUAUUAAUUGCGUUCUAUGUGUAAAAAGAUUGUAUUGUGAUAAGUUAAUCCAUGAUGUACAACAAUGCAGAGACUGAAAAAAAAAAGAAUAAAAGUUCAAUUUUUAAUACA